CCUAUCAGCAGCCCAUAUGGUUUUGUAGGAAAUUUGUUGCCGGUUGGAAAUGUUACGGCAGGCGCUGAGGGUCGCCAGCAGGCGUUGCUACAGUUACAAAUCCGUUCGACGCCCCAAUCUUGCUGCAACCAGUGCACCCAAGGCGGAAAAGGUUAAGGAGCAGUCCUCCAAGGAGCAACGACCAGAAUCCACCACAGAGAAUGACAAAGGCAGCUUAGCGAAACAGCUGAGGGCCAAGAUCUUAGCUACGGGUCCCAUUUCGGUGGCCGAGUACAUGCGUGAGGUGCUGACCAAUCCUCAGGCUGGUUACUACAUGGCCCGGGACGUCUUUGGCCGCGAAGGAGACUUCAUAACCUCGCCGGAAAUAUCGCAGAUAUUUGGAGAACUCGUGGGGGUAUGGCUGGUCAGCGAGUGGCGCAAAAUGGGCAGUCCAUCGCCCUUUCAACUCGUGGAACUGGGACCUGGCCGUGGCACUCUUGCCAGAGAUGUGCUGAAAGUGCUCUCGAAAUUCAAACUGGGCGCAGAGUUAUCCAUACACAUGGUGGAAGUUAGUCCCUUUUUGAGCAAGAUCCAGGCCCAAAGGUUUUGCUACACACACGAGACACUUCCCGAAGAUUCCCAGUUACCCCAUUACCAAACAGGCACCACGGCAUCUGGAACGAAAGCGUUCUGGCACCGUCGACUGGAGGAUGUGCCGCAAGGAUUCUCGCUGAUUCUAGCCCACGAGUUCUUCGAUGCCCUGCCAGUGCACAAGCUCCAGUGGCUCGAUGGCCAGUGGCAGGAGGUGUUAAUAGACGUGGCGUCUAAGGAGGAGGAUCAGCCCGGCUUUCGCUAUGUUCUCUCCCGAUCGCAAACCCCAGUGUCCCGAGUAUUUCAGCCCAUUCCCGGGGAAAAGCGUUCUUGCUUGGAGUACUCCUUGGAGACAGAGAGGCAGGUUGGUCUCCUGGCAGAGCGCAUCGAAAGGGAUGGUGGCAUAGCUCUGAUAAUGGAUUACGGGCACUUUGGCGAGAAAACCGAUACCUUCAGGGCGUUCAAGAACCAUGCACUCCAUGACCCACUGGUGGAUCCGGGCAGUGCCGAUCUCACAGCAGAUGUGGAUUUCAAGUUAAUUCGGCACGCGGCCGAGAAACGAGGAAGCAUACACUGCUGUGGUCCGGUAGAGCAGGGACUCUUCCUGCAGCGCAUGCAGGGCGAGGCUAGACUGGAGCAGCUCCUUGCUCACGCCUUGCCCGAAAACCAGCAAAUCAUCCGCUCUGGCUACCAGAUGUUAACUGAUGCCGCCCAAAUGGGGACACGCUUCAAGUUCCUGGCCAUGUUUCCCGGCGUGGUGGCCCCCCACCUGGAAAAAUUCCCUGUGGUCGGGUUUAGCUAGUAAACGAUCAUGUUUUGAUUUAUUAAUAUAAUUUGAAUAUGUUGCACAUAAAUGUUAAA